GUCUGAUAUUCUGAAAUAAAUUUCCGUAUCUCCACCUUAAAUUUUACUAGUGGAGUUUUUGUAGCUGCCAGAGUGGAUCUAGGUGGAUGUGAUGCCUUUAAAGAUCAAGGCAUUAUUUAUAUAUACUUCAAAGUGGCAUGUAUGAACUUAAGGAAUGAUUUUGGAAACAUUUCCAUGGCUACCAUCUACACUUGCUGAUGUACUGGAAAUAGUGGAUGUUGAAACUGCUUGCUCUGAUGAAUUGACAAGAGAGAAAUUUAUUACACUAGUUGGGGCAUUACCAAACACUAUUAUAGCUGAUUGCCUUUUAAAAGAAAGAUUAGACCAAGACUCCUUAGAGUUGGUUGGUUUAGUCAGUUCUCAAGUUGGAUAUAAUCAGAAAUAUGUGAAGACCGAAACUCGACUUUAUUACAAGCAGCAGAAGUUUAAUUUGUUAAGAGAAGAAAGUGAAGGCUACUCAAAAUUAAUCACUAAAUUAAAUCCAGAUUUCAAUCUCAAGAUUUCCUGGGAACAAGUGCUGCAGAAUAUUCAAUCAUUGAUUGGUUGUUUUGAUCUUCAUCCUAACCGCAUGUUAGACGUUAUCCUUGAAGCUUUUGAAUGCCAUCCUGAAGAAUGCCUCUUCUAUGUUCCACUCCUGCGCGCAUACAUUAUAGACAAGUUGACUUUGUGCCAUAUUCUAGGAUUUAAAUUUCACUUCAGAGAGUCUGCUGACUGGAGCACUCCCAAAUCAUUGUUCACAUGUGCAGCACUUUUAUUAAAGAAUGAGCUGGUAGAUCUAAAUGACUUGUAUUCUUAUUUAUUACCAGCAGACUCUGAAAUAAUUCCAUUUCACAACAAAGAAGUCUCAGAUGCCAAAGCCUAUGCUAAAAAGCUGAGUACUGUGAUAUUGGCUGAUAAAAAAGAGGAUGAAAAGAAAGAAGAAGAACAACAGAUUAUUGAUUUGAGAGAAAACAAUCAAAAAAUUGGUCUGUGUGAAGCUUUGCUAGAAAUAGGAGCCUGGGAGAAUGCUAGGGCCAUCAUUGACAGGCUGCCUGAAAACUUUGUUUUGGUUCAUCCAUCCAUCUCCUAUGCCCUUUGCUCAUUAGUAAAUAGAGUGAUAGAACCUCUAUAUGAAAAGAACAUAGGGUUAGCAUCUGUGUUAGCCAAGUGGAGAGUUAAGAAAGUAGAAUCCUGUGAUUGUCCUCUAGCCUACACCUAUCACCAGCUCUAUCACUUAGCCAUGCCAAUGUUGUAUUCUGGUCCAUAUGCUUCUCGGGAUCCUAUUUUGAUGGUGAAAAUAAUGAGAUAGGCUAAAGCCUUCAUGUCAAAGCAUCACUCCGGUGGCAUUGGUCCAGAGGAUGAAAUUGCUUACUAUGGGUUUUUAAAUGCUCUUGAAGAAGUCCUGCUACCAUCUCUUUCCCUUCCUUCAAUGGCUGAAGAAUUGUGGACUCUACUAAAGCUCUAUCCAUAUGAGAUAAGAUAUCAUCUCUAUGGGACAUGGAAAAAUUAGAGUUUUUUCUUGUAUCCAAUACUUAUGAGUACAAGAGCAGAUUGUCUGGAUAGAGCCAAAUACAUCAUGAAGCGUCUUUCUAAAGAGACGGUGAAACCCUCUGGUCGACAGUUAGGCAAGUUGAGUCAUAGUAAUCCUAGCAUUGUAUUUGAAUAUAUUUUGAACCAGAUCCAGCGGUAUGAUAACUUGAUUGGUCCAGUAGUUGACUCCCUCAAGUACCUGACAACUAUUUCUUAUGACAUGUUAACAGUUUGUAUCAUUGAAGCCAUUGCUAAUCCAGAAAGGAUGAAAACAUAUAACAUGAAUAUCUCACUCUGGCUCCAAAGUCUUGCCAACUUUGCUGGAGCUAUUUGUCAUAAAUACCAAGUAGAGUUGACAGGUAUCUUGCAGUAUGUGGCCAAUCAACUUAAAGCAGGCAAAAGCAUUGAUCUACUGCUCUUGAGAGAGGUGGUGCAAAAAAUGGCUGGGGUGGAAAUCUCUGAAAAAGUCACAGAUGAUCAGUUGAAAGCAAUGGCUGGUGGAGAGCUGGUCAGACAAGAGGGCAGCAACUUUUCUCAAAUUCGGAACACAAAAAAAUCUUCUACUCGCUUAAAAGACACAUUGUUAGAGCACGACCGCCUAUCUUUGUGCUUGUUGAUGUCUCAGCAAAGAGACAGCACUGUAUUUGCUGAAGAUGUCAACAAACAUUUAAAACUAGUUGGAAAACUCUAUGAUCAGCCAAAAAGUUUCCUCUUCAUGCAACUCAGUACAGAAGAGUUUGUGAAGAGAUUACCUCCCAUUGAUGUCUUGUUAUCAACCUACCAUAUCCCUCAUUCAGCUGCCUUCUUUCUCUCCAAACUUCUCUAUGCACAUGCUAUCAAUGUCAAAUAUGAUGAACUGAAAAAGUUGAAGGACAAAAAGAAUCAUAAGACCAUUUGCUACAUUAAUGCUUACAAAGAGGUUAUGGGACCAGUGGUUGAAGCCAUCAAGCCAGUGUUUUCAUCUAAAAUUUGGGAUGACCUGACGCCACAGUUCUACAUCACUUUCUGGUCACUGUCCAUGUAUGACUUGUAUGUUCCUAAAGGUGCUUAUGAGAAACAUCUUCUGCAGGAAAAUCAAAUCAGUACAGUGGAAGCUAACAAAGACAUGCCUGUCAGCAAGAAACGUAAAGAGCAAGAAAGAUGCAAGAUCUUAACUGACAGAUUGAAAGAUGAAGCUAGGAGGCAGGUGGAGCAUGUCCAGAGAGUGAUGGAGAGACUAGAAGAGGAGAAACAUUCUUGGUUUCCCACAGGGACUCUCAAGUCUGAGAUGACCACCAAUCUACUUCAGUAUUGCUUGUUUCCACACUGUUGUUUCACUGCCAGUGAUGCCAUAUACUGUGGUCAUUUUAUACAAGUUCUUCAUAAUUUAAAAACACCCAAUUUUUCCACUCUUAUUACUUAUGAUAGGGUCUUCAAUGACAUUACUUACACAGUGACUAGCUGUACUGAUAAUGAGGCUUGAUGUUAUGGCAGAUUUCUGUGCAGUGCUUUAGAGACUGUCAUGAGGUGGCACAGCAGUCCAGCUAUCUAUGAAAAGGAGUGCUUCAACUUUCCAGGUUUUCUAACAGUCUUCCGUAAAGGAACUGAUAUGAAUAACAAAAUGAACAGACUUGAUUAUGUUAAUUACAGACAUGUUUGUCAUAAAUGGCAUUUUAGGCUAACUAAGUCUGUGAUCACAUGUUUGGAGUCCAAGAACUACAGUCAGAUGAGAAAUUCUUUGAUUGUUUUGACCAAAAUUUUGCCUAACUUUCCAAGUAUGACUCAGAUUGGAAUGGCCAUAGAAAGACGAGUGGAUAAACUUAGUAAAGAGGAGAAGGAUAAAAGACCAGAUAUUUAUGCAUUAGUUAUAUUGUAUGCUGGACAGUUAAUGAGCAAGAAACCAACUUGGGUACAAGAAACGGAAUUCCAUAUAAAAGAACCAAAGAAAACCAACAAUACAGCAGCACAGAAUCAGACACAACAGCAGUGGCAGUCAGACAGCUCAUCAGGAAUCAGUACUAAGAGAGAUGUUGAUGGACGCUCCAAAGAUGUCAAACCUGAACUCAGUUCAAGAGAAGAGAAGAGAGCUACAGAAAGUGAAAGAGAGAAGAGAGCAGCAGAGAAAAAAGAGAAUCUACACUGGUAAACUGACAUCAAGUGACUUUUAUUUCACAGACUACUGCUUCUACCUGCUCUAGAGUAAAGAAAGAAGCUCGAGAUAGUCCUGACCAAUACCACAGGCAGGCAGGCACAGAUCAGACUGAGGACUCAGGCCCAAAACGCCCAAGGAGGAGAAAUUGAAGAAAAGUGACCGCUAAGACAGGGAAGCAACCAAGCUGGCCAAAGAGAAAGCCAAAGAAGAGAAGCGUGAGAGGAAAGAACGUGAAGCCUUCGCCAAGGAGGAAGAGAGACAUUCAUCCAGGGUGAAAGACUAUGAAGGGAGCAGUGCAAGCCACAACUUGAGCGCAUCCUCCCACAGACAUAGUGCUGAGCCAUCACCCAAACAUUUGGAGGAAAGAGGAACAGUUUAAUGAAACAGAUGGAUCUCCAAAACUGAAGAUGAAAGAAAAGAGAGACAAAUC